AUGUGUCAUUCAGAUAUUUUUCUGUUCCAGCUGCUGGAGGACAACAUGGUCACUUUUGUGAUGAACGAGCUGAAGAAGAUCCAGAAGGUUCUGAGUCCAGAUUACCCAGAAUGCUUAGAGAGUCAGAGGGAGGAUGAGGAGGUGUUGGAGGGUGAGGAUGAAGAGCAGAGGAGCAGCCGAGAAUCAUUUAUGAAGAUCACAGUUUACUUCCUGAGGAGGAUGAAGCAGGAGGAGCUGGCUGACCGUCUGCAGAGCAGAUCUCCUUCCAUGUCUCAGCAUAGUCUUAAACAAAACUUGAAGAAGAGGUUCCAGUGUGUGUUUGAGGGGAUUGCUAAAGCAGGAAACCCAACCCUUCUGAAUCAGAUCUACACAGAGCUCUACAUCACAGAGGGAGGGACUGGAGAGGUCAAUGAUGAACAUGAGGUCAGACAGAUUGAAACAGCAUCCAGGAAACCACACACACCAGAAACAGCCAUCAGACAAGAAGACAUCUUUAAACUCUCACCUGGAAGACAUGAACCAGUCAGAACAGUGAUGACAAAGGGAGUGGCUGGCAUUGGGAAAACAGUCUUAACACAGAAGUUCACUCUGGACUGGGCUGAAGACAAAGCCAACCAGGACAUCCACUUCAUGUUUCCAUUCACUUUCAGAGAGCUGAACGUGCUGAAAGAGAAGAAGUUCAGCUUGGUGGAACUUGUUCAUCACUUCUUUACUGAAACCAAAGAAAUGUGCAGCUUUGAAGACUUCCAGCUUGUGUUCAUCUUUGAUGGUCUGGAUGAGUGUCGACUUCCUCUGGACUUCCACAACAAUCAGAUCCUGACUGAUGUUACAGAGUCCACCUCAGUGGAUGUGCUGCUGACAAACCUCAUCAGGGGGAAACUGCUUCCCUCUGCUCGCCUCUGGAUAACCACACGACCUGCAGCAGCCAAUCAGAUCCCUGCUGAGUGUGUUGGCAUGGUGACAGAGGUCAGAGGCUUCACUGACCCACAGAAGGAGGAGUACUUCAGGAAGAGGUUCAGAGAUGAAGAGCAGGCCAGCAGGAUCAUCUCCCACAUCAAGACAUCACGAAGCCUCCACAUCAUGUGCCACAUCCCAGUCUUCUGCUGGAUCACUGCUACAGUUCUGGAGGACGUGUUGAAAAGCAGAGAGGGAGGAGAGCUGCCCAACACCCUGACUGAGAUGUACAUCCACUUCCUGCUGGUUCACACCAAAGUCAAGAAGGUCAAGUAUGAUGGAGGAGCUGAGACAGAUCCACUCUGGAGUCCAGAGAGCAGGAAGAUGAUUGAGUCUCUGGGAAAAGUGGCUUUUGAGCAGCUGCAGAAAGGAAACCUGAUCUUCUAUGAAUCAGACCUGACAGAGUGUGGCAUCGAUAUCAGAGCAGCCUCAGUGUACUCAGGAGUGUUCACACAGAUCUUUAAAGAGGAGAGAGGCCUGUACCAGGACAAGGUGUUCUGCUUCGUCCAUCUGAGUGUUCAGGAGUUUCUGGCUGCUCUUCAUGUCCAUUCUAUUCGCACAGAUUCUGGUGUAAAUUUGUUCAAAGAACAAAUAUCAACCUCUCAGAGAUUUGAAAAAAGAGGUAACGAAUCAGCUAUAACGUUUUAUGAGUCUGCUGUAGACAAGGCUUUACAGAGUCCAAAUGGACACCUGGACUUGUUCCUCCGGUUCCUCCUGGGUCUUUCACUGCAGACCAAUCAGACUCUUCUACGAGGCCUGCUGACACAGACAGGAAGUAGCUCACAGACCAAUCAGGAAACAGUCCAGUGCAUCAAGGAGAGGAUCAAUGAGAAUCUGUCUGCAGAGAAAAGCAUCAAUCUGUUCCACUGUCUGAAUGAACUGAAUGAUGGUUCUCUAGUGGAGGAGAUCCAACAGUCUCUGAGAUCAGGAAGUCUCUCCACAGAUAAACUGUCUCCUGCUCAGUGGUCAGCUCUGGCCUUCAUCUUACUGACGUCAGAAAAAGAUCUGGAUGUGUUUGACCUUAAGAAAUAUUCUGCUUCGGAGGAGGCUCUACUGAGGUUGCUGCCAGUGGUCAAAGCUUCCAAGAAAGCUCUGCUGAGUGGAUGUAAUCUUUCAUUGAGAAGCUGUGAAGCUCUGUCCUCAGUUCUUUGCUCACAGUCUUCUAAUCUAAAACAGCUGGACCUCUGUAACAAUGACCUACAAGAUUCAGGAGUGAAGCAACUGUCUGCGGGACUGGAAAGUCCACAUUGUAAACUGGAAACACUCUGGCUGUCAGGCUGCCUGAUCACUGAGGAAGGCUGUGCUUCUCUGGCUUCAGCUCUGAGGUCUAAUCCGUCCCAUCUGAGAGAGCUGGACCUGAGCUACAAUCAUCCAGGAGACUCUGGAGUAAAGCUGCUGUCAACUGGUUUGGAGACUCCUCACUGGAAACUCAGCAAUCUCAGAGCGGACGCUGGUGCAGCCCAAUGGCUGACGCCAAGUUUGAGGAAAUAUUUCUGUGAACUCGCUUUGGACCCAAACACAGCUCACAAGUUCCUCAAACUGUCUGAACACAACAAAAAGGUGACCGACCUGAGAAAGGAGCACCCGUACCCUGAUCAUCCAGACAGAUUUGAUUACUGGCCUCAGGUGCUGUGUGAAAACGGCCUGGCUGGUCGUUGUUACUGGGAGGUGGAAUGGGUUGGGAAAGUUUACAUCGCAGUGAGCUACAGGGGAAUUGGGAGGAAUGGAGACAGCGAUGGUUCCAAGUUUGGAGGGAAUGACCAGUCCUGGUGUCUGGCCUGUACUGACAGGGGAUACAACGCUUGGCACAACAACAGCGGGACACUCAUUGCUCUUCCUGCCGCCGCCUCUGUCUCUACCAGAGUAGCAGUGUAUGUGGACUGUCCUGCUGGCAUCCUGUCCUUCUACAGCGUCUCCUCCGACUCACUGGUCCACCUCCACACCUUUAAUGCCACGUUCACUCAAACUCUUUACCCUGGGUUUGGGUAUGGAGUUAAAUAUAAUUCUUCUGCAUUUCUCUGUCAGCCCUGAACCACAAUCAGAAAAUCUUAAAUCAAUUAAGGACAUAUUCUGCUGAACUGAUCAUCAAACUAAAUGGACUUUAUCAAUGGUAAAACAACAUGGAGACUUCGGGUUGGAGGUGAAGUGGAGGUCUUCACAGCUGUGAAAGGGAAUUGGUUAAUUUAUUUCUAACAUAUGGAAGAUAGUCCCAUUACCUCACAACUUUAUAUGGUUCCAAGAUUUUUAUAUCCAUUUUGCAUCUGUUAUGUUGAUUCAUUAUCCAAUAAUAAUUUUUCAACGAACAAAAGACGGAGUUGUGGAUUCC